ACCCGUGUCAUAUUCGCGGGAGAGAAUGAACGAGGGAGAACGAAAAGAAAAACCAAAUUUUUCGGGGGGUGCUCGCGGCGGCUGCCCCAGCGACGACGAAGAUGUUGUCACCGGAAUGGGCCAUGUUGUGCUAACUAGCAUCUAGUGCGCGUCGAGUGCACCGAACUGCGCGACCGAGCAGCGAACGUCGACGAUACAGCGCACCCGCCGAGUGACGGACUGACGGAGGCCGAACGGCAGCGGCAAAACAAAACCGCUCUGCCCGGGCUGUGACACGGCAUGCCGGCCGAACUACACCGCCGCUCUGCAGCGAGACUCCCGAGGUAGGCGAGGAAUCCAUCUUUGCCCUCUGUGUUUGUGUGUGCGGCCGCGGAACCCGCACGACACUCGGGAAGGAAGCGAUUCGGCGUCGACGCGCUCGGCCAGCCGCCGAUCUUCGCGGGUGACAUUUGCGAAUUGGCGUUCAGCGGCGCGACGUAUGCGCCCUAUCAAUCAACCGCUCGUCGCCGGCGAAGUCUUGGUGGCCUCCUCGCUACGUUCGGACGACACCGAAGACCCCAGGGACCGCGAAACACGAAGGAGGUGCGACGCCGACGAGCACCACGUGUGCGCAGCGCUGGCGAACGGGCAGCAGCAACACCCUGGCGCUAUGUACGCGCAGAAUGGCGAUGCCCUAGACGGCGGCGGUCUGGCCCAGCCAUUGCUCGGCGCUCCGUUGAAGAGACGACGCAGCGAGGACGGCGAGCGCGUCAAGAGGGCUCGCGGUCCCGACUUCCUGCGCGGCUGCGAAUCCGACGGAGACCUGCCGAGCAGCGGCGCGCAGUCGACCGCCCAGCACCAUCACCACCACCACCAUCAUCACAAAAAGGCGGCGACGGCGCCGACCGGUGCUGCCGACGAGCACCAUCAACCGAACAGCGGAGAUGUCCACGGCGUCUGCACGCUCGAGGAAGGCUCGCUGAAACUCAAGAUCUCGUUGCACCGGCCGCACGCUGUCACACCUGAUGGCUUAUCGCCGAUACCAACGGGCAAGCCCCCCAGCGGUGAUAAGGCGGCGCAUGCAAGCAGCCGCUCGCAGAGCCCUCUGGCCAAGUCCGAUGAGGGCACGACAGUUUUCAACACACAUUCCCCGACAGCCCUACCCGUCUCGGACAAUGCCGGCAGUGCAGUGCAAAAGGCGGAAGCAGUGUGCCCAGUAGUAGACUCUGACUGUGACCCAAAGCAUGAUGUCUUCGCAUUGCCUCCCAGUCCCGUUUCUCCACUCGUAGUUCGAAAGGUGGAGCUUCCUAAGGCGCCUUCGCCUCAGGAGGUAGCCUCAAGUUUAACCAAAGAUUCGCCCAUCACCGAUACAUACGAUACCUCAGCCGCUGCUCUGGACCAUGCGAUCCAGGUGGACAAGCAGGCAAUAUGCGGUGGCCUGCAACUCAGGAGCGCUUUACACAAACCUGCAUCCAACACUGCCAGUUCAACCGCAACUGCAUGUCAUUCGAACACUGACCUUUUACCGAGUGGCAAUCAUGCAAUCUCCAAAGAGCUUUCGCUUACGAUGGACACUUGUGCGCGUGAAUGCAACUCAGCGGGAGGCCGUUCUCGUAAGAGCACCAAUCCUGGUCACUACGUAGCCUACCAAGCACCGCGCAACCGAAGGCGACUCAUUCAGGACACUUCGAAGCUGAGAGGCAAGAUGAGGAGCCCCAUAGAAUUUCCCGCAAUACAACCUCUCGAGAGCAGAAAAUCUCCGCAGAGCUUCCACCACGUGAACAUGUCUGUUGGUCAGAAUGGCGGCAGAGGCUUUGUCAACCACAACUCAAUCUUGGACCACCCGAGCGUGCAUGCGAGAAUGUUCCCUCCUCCGGGAGCGUCACCUGCCAGGCUAGCUUCGCUGCUCACAUCGAACAAGCCGCAAGGACUCUCCGCAGCUAAGCAGUCUGCAGUGCAUGGCAAAGCAGGUACGUCAUCGGAUGUGCAUCAGCCACUGGACCUCUCUAAGGCUGUAACCAAGCCCACAGUGCCCAAGAAUGCCUGCUCAGCUCAAACUACAGGAGGAAACUACGUUCCA